AUGACAACCAGUAUUGGAAGCGUCACGAGCUCGAGCUCGAGCCCGAGUCAGAUUUCGGACAUUGAUGCAAGACAUGUGUAUGCCGCGGAGGACGCAUCGUACUGGGCUGGCCGAUAUAUGUCUCUCUGUGACCGACUUCGCAUGAAGGAGCUGAACAGACCACCUCAAUCGCCCGCAGGAUCGACCGAAAAGAAGGCUGACCGUCUUUUCGAAAAUAGCGAGAAGGUGCGUAUGAACAGUGCGCUCAAUGAGCUUAGAGAGCAUUGCAAGACGAAAGAAGCCUUGAAGAGCUUUGAAGACUUUGAGAAUAUCCUCCUCAAAAAGCUAGGAGUUUCGCGUCAAAGCCUCCAUCGAGCCGGAAGUCUCGCGUUUGGGGGUAAAGAAGUGGAAAGGCGGCUGGGCAUGUCGGGGUCAAAUGGUUUCAAACCAUUCUCGUUGAGCAUGUCAACCUCUCCUGGACAUGGCUCGACACCAAGCAGUAGAGUAUCGAGCGUCAAUGCUGAGGCCGGGUUGACCGAAACUUCGAGAGCGUUCUACGGUGAAGGCACUAUGGCGAAAAGCAAGACCACAGGCAAUUUGGCAUCUCUCAUUCCUCUCGUACCAAAGAGACAGCAUGUUAUUGAGGGCAAAUCUUUGCCGAAGUCGAAUACUGUCCAGCUCACUUCACAUCGUCGUCGAACAUCCUACUUCGAGUGUUCUCCCGAGACGCGAGCAAAGGCUAUGAAGGAGCGAGAGGAACGUGCAUCUCGCAGAGCAGCCGAAGCGCACCGACUUUCAAACCCACAAAUGCCAUCUGUAAGUGUUUUCAGGAGUCGAGGGCGGAGUAAGGAUCCAGUACCAUCCCCAAUGGCUGUGCAAAUCUCAGGAUCUGUUCAGCCUCAAUCCUUCUCUUCCUGUUGCAAAGUUGAUGCCUCGGGAGAAGUGACAGAUUCUUUGAGUGUGGCAAUGCUCGAGAGUGGACAUGUUUGCCCGCCCCCAAAGGCUGCAAACAACACCUUGCCAUCACGAGUGGAGCUGGUCAAGGUGCCUGGAGGUGGGGAAGAGAAGAUCGUCAAAUCACGGCGUAAGACGGAGAGACAGAUCAGUGGAGAGAGGGUCAAAACCCUGUUUGGAGCCGGAAUGCGAGAGGUCAAGAAGAUGGGACGUCGAGUCAGUGGGAUGAGUUGGCCUGGAAGUAGCGACGACUUGUUGCCGCCGGAAAGUGGAAGCAAGUGA